AAUUCAGCCGUCUUGGGUUAAGCCGUGAUGGGCGUUUCUGGAACUGCAGGUCAAAAGGCGGACAUGUGUGGUGAUGAGUGUCUUUUGGAUUGGUAAUGGGAUAAGAGGGGUAUCAGUGAUUGGAGACUGAUGAAGUCACUGAUAGGGAAGAUCUAUUUUGACAAAACUUAGACUACCCUGUAUAAAACAGUAUCCCUGUGGCAGGAGUACUCAGUUCCUUUGAACCAGUUAAAUCUUGUCUACCUGACUCCUUGUGGUACUGAGAAGGAUUUACCAGACUGGUGAAUAUAGAAGCUGCAUUUUGUAUCCCGUCUGUGAAAAUACCCUUCUGAUCACCAAUUUUGCCUUUUCAGGCAUCUACCAUUUUAGAGGAGAGCAGAAAAAGAUGAAGUCCCAGGGAUUAGUAUCUUUCAAGGAUGUGGCUGUCGAUUUCACCCAGGAGGAGUGGCAGCAACUAGACCCUGCUCAGAAGACCCUGUACAGGGAUGUGAUGCUGGAGAAUUAUAGCCACCUGGUCUCAAUGGGGCAUCCAGUUUCCAAACCAGAUGUCAUUUCCAAGUUGGAGCAAGGAGAAGAUCCAUGGAUCAUUAAGACAGACAUACCAAAUCGGAUCUGUCCAUAUGAAGGUCAGGCAGAUGGGCGACUAGACAGGAAGAGUAACCUUGACAACCCCCAAUCAUGUAUUUUGGGGUCUGUUUCCUUCCAUAAUAAGAUAUUGAAAGGAGUCAUAAAGGAUGGUUCAUUAUACUCCAUUUUAAAAGUCUGUCAAAGUGAUGGUCAGUUACAGAGAUGUCAGAAAAACAGUCUUUCCAGACAAGUAACAGUCAUCAACAACAAAACAAUGACUAUAGAGUCAGACUACAAAUAUGAUGCACUGAGGAAAAUAUUUCAAGAGUGCAUAGAGUCAGAUGCUUCAAGACAAAGACCCUAUAACUAUGAUGCCUUUAAAAAGAACUUGAAAUCUAAUAUUGACCUACCUAGUUGUAACAAGAACAAUUCAAGAACAAACCUUGAUGAGAGUUUUGGAUGUGGAAAAUCAAUCAUCCACAGUGUGGCCAAUUCUAACCUUGAGAAGCUUCACAAUGGAGUAAUUCCCUGUAAUGAUAAUGAGCAUGGAAACAUUUUCAGCAAGAAACAAUCCAUUAUUCAUUAUCAGAAUGUUGAAACCAAGGAAAAAACCUGUGUGUGUAUUACAUGUGGAAAAGCCUUUGCUAAGAAGUCACAGCUCAUUGUACAUCAACGAAUUCAUACUGGGAAAAAACCAUAUGAUUGUGGUGCAUGUGGGAAAGCCUUCAGUGAGAAGUUUCACCUCAUUGUACAUCAGAGAACUCAUACUGGGGAGAAACCUUAUGAAUGUUCUGAAUGUGGAAAAGCCUUCUCUCAAAAAUCAUCCCUUAUUAUACAUCAGAGAGUUCAUACUGGAGAAAAACCAUACGAAUGUAGUGAAUGUGGAAAAGCCUUCUCCCAGAAAUCACCCCUCAUUAUACAUCAGAGAAUUCACACUGGAGAGAAACCUUAUGAAUGUAGAGAAUGUGGUAAGGCCUUCUCCCAGAAGUCGCAACUAAUUAUACAUCAUCGAGCUCAUACUGGAGAGAAGCCCUAUGAGUGUACUGAAUGUGGGAAAGCCUUUUGUGAGAAGUCCCACCUCAUUAUACAUAAAAGAAUUCAUACUGGGGAGAAACCCUACAAAUGUGCUCAGUGUGAGGAAGCCUUCAGCAGAAAGACAGAACUCAUUACACACCAGUUAAUUCAUACUGGGGAGAAACCUUAUGAAUGUACUGCUUGUGGGAAGACCUUUUCCCGAAAGUCACAGCUCAUUAUACAUCAGAGAACGCAUACUGGAGAGAAACCCUAUAAAUGCAAUGAAUGUGGAAAAGCCUUCUGUCAGAAAUCACAUCUCAUUGGACAUCAGAGAAUACACACAGGAGAAAAACCUUAUGUUUGUACUGAAUGUGGGAAAGCCUUCUCUCAAAAGUCUCACCUCCCAGGUCAUCAGAGGAUUCAUACAGGAGAGAAACCAUAUGUAUGUGCUGAAUGUGGAAAGGCAUUUUCUCAGAAGUCAGAUCUUGUUUUACAUCGGAGAAUUCACACUGGGGAAAGACCCUAUCAGUGUGCUGUAUGUGGGAAAGCUUUCAUCCAGAAAUCACAACUCACUGUACAUCAGAGAAUUCAUAGCAGUGGUAAAAAUCAUAGUGAACUAAAAACACAGACAAGCUUUUAGUAUUAGCUCAAGAAUUCAUAUAUAACAGGAACUUGAUUAAUUUGAUAAAUUUGUUGACAGCAUCUUUAUAGAGAAAAUUUUACAAGAAAAUUCAUAUCUGUAGUGUGGUGAUAACCUAACUCAGCAAACAUGAUGGAAAAUAAUUACAUAAAUGAAGGCCAUUUUCACCAUAGCAUGUAGAGCUUUUAAAGUUAUGAAUUGAAUGGUUAGUAGAACAAAUUAUGUAUAUAGAAUGUUGUCAAAGUACAUAUUCCUUAUUAUGCCCCAUAACAAUAAACAUUGUGAAAUUGCUAAUAUUAACUUGGCAUCAUUUUGGUCAUAUACAUUAAUUCCCUAUAAAGGACAGAAAGAAAGCUUGAUUUUAAAAAAUCAAUUCCAAGAAACUGCAUUAACAAGGAAAGGCUUGGGAGUUCCCUAAUAAUAGGACUCAACAAUUUCACUGCUGUG